GGUAGUCGCCGCCCUGCUCUCAACGGUGGCGAGCUGUAGUAGUCAAGUGCCCCGCCCCCGUUGCCAUAACAGCAGUACACAACCCCUCCUUCCCCUCGCCCGCUUGCUAAACAGUCCUUCCCUCUCGGGACCAAGGGCCUCUCCAGAACUGCUUCUGAUUGAGCAGAAACAGGGAGGAGGACUGAGCUUAUCUGACUCCAGAGCUUUCAGGAGGGAAGAAAGAUGUCAGAUGAAGAUGAUCUAGCAGACUCUGAGCCAGACCAGGAUGAUUCUGAGAAAGAAGAGGACGAGAAGGAGACAGAGGAGGGGGAGGACUACAGAAAAGAGGGGGAAGAGUUCCCUGAGGAAUGGCUGCCCACCCCCCUCACGGAGGACAUGAUGAAGGAAGGGCUUUCUCUGCUCUGUAAGACAGGCAAUGGGCUGGCUCAUGCUUAUGUCAAGCUGGAGGUUAAAGAGAGGGACCUUACAGACAUCUACUUGCUGCGCUCCUACAUCCAUCUGCGCUAUGUGGAUAUUUCUGAGAACCACCUGACAGACCUGUCUCCACUCAACUACCUCACCCACCUGCUCUGGCUCAAGGCUGAUGGCAAUCGGCUGCGAAGUGCCCAGCUGAAUGAACUGCCCUACCUGCAGAUUGCUAGUUUUGCUUAUAACCAGAUUACUGACACUGAAGGCAUCUCUCAUCCUCGUCUUGAAACCCUGAAUCUCAAAGGGAACAGCAUCCACACGGUGACAGGUCUGGACCCCCAGAAGUUGAUCAGCCUGCACACAGUGGAGCUUCGGGGGAACCAGCUGGAAAGCACGCUGGGAAUCAAUCUUCCUAAGCUGAAGAACCUCUACCUGGCCCAAAACAUGCUGAAGAAGGUGGAAGGCUUGGAGGAUCUGAGCAAUCUCACCACCUUGCAUCUUCGAGACAACCAGAUUGACACCCUGAGUGGCUUCUCCAGAGAAAUGAAAUCAUUGCAGUACCUCAACCUGAGGGGCAACAUGGUGGCCAACCUGCGGGAGCUGGCCAAGCUUCGAGACCUGCCCAAGCUGCGAGCCUUGGUGCUGCUCGAUAACCCAUGCACGGAUGAAAUCAACUACCGCCAGGAGGCCCUGGUGCAGAUGCCAUACCUUGAACGCCUGGACAAGGAAUUCUAUGAGGAGGAGGAACGGGCUGAGGCUGAUGAGAUUCGACAGAGGCUGAAGGAAGAAAAGGAGCAGGAGCCUGAGCCCGAGCGUGACCUGGAACUGGAACAGUCAUUGAUCUAGCAUCAGUUCUAGCCUCUAAAGAUAGAGAUCAAAGACGCUGGCCUUCAGACCUGAUCAGACUCCCAGGGCGGGCCACCACAUCUAUGACAGAGGACAGAGGAUGCCUCUUUUUGCCCCAAAGCUGGAAAUUCAUCACAACCUGAGG